AUGAGUGACCACGACUCGGCCAUUGACAUUAACUCGUGGCGGCAUUCCGUACCCAGCCGCCUCGAGCGCGAAGACCCGUUUGCCAACGAUGGCUUUGGUGAGCGACCAGUAACCCGGUUGCUUGUGCAGACGUUCCGCGAGCAGGACGACGAGUCGGGACGGCCCGCCUCCCGCCUCAGCGUCUUCCGCGCCAGGCUCUUCCCUUCCAAGAAGCUCCAGCGGAACAACCGCGUGGGUUACGACAUCGAUGACCAGUCGACCAUCUACCAGCGUCCGAGCACAGUGUUGUCAAUGCACACCAAGACGACGACGCCGAAGAAGAAGAAGAAGAAAUUGCUGGGAGGCGGCGGUGGCUUGUUGACGGGACUGUUUCGGCGCGGUGGCGGCAGGAAGCGCUCCCGCGAGGAGUUUGAGGACGACGACGACAACGACGACGGGGAGGGCGAGACGCUGGUGUCGUCGGUCGGGAGGCCGUCAGCGGUCGUCGAGCCAGUGCCGGGAAAGCCGCUACAUCUAAACUUUUUGUUCGUUGGGUGUCCGUCCUCGGGCCAGACUUCGCUUCUCUAUCGCAUUCGCUAUGGCUACUUUCCAGAUACCUCCGUCAUGCCGCGUACGCGGUACGAGACGUACACGCACCAGCCGCGCUGCAACGGCGCGGCGCGCGUCGAGCUCUGGGACACCUCGGGCGCGCCGGACCUGGCGACCGUGCAGCUGCUGGCGCACAUCCACUGGGACGUCAUAUUCCUCUGCUUCGACAUAAGCGACGCUGCCUCAUUGCAGGCAAUCGUCGCCUGGCGACCACUACAGUGGAAGUUCACUGCCGAGGCCCUCUUCUCGACGAUAAAGGCGCUACCGCCGAGGCUCCGCCUGCUCGGCACCAAGAAGGACCUGCGCUGGCGCGGGGCGGCCUCGUCGGCGCGCCGCUUCAGCCUCGGAUACUACUACCAGCUGCCGGCGUCGGCGUCGGCGCGGGGCGCCCUGGCGGCGGCGGCGGCGUGCGUGUCGAGCGCCCAAGGCGCGUGGCAGGCCAGGUGCAUCGACGCAAAGUACGGCGAGUGCUCGGCGCUGACGGGCGAGGGCGCGGACAGGCUGGUCGAGGAGGCGGCGGCGGAGGCGACGCGCGCGAUCGUGGAGAAGGAUCUGGCUGCAGCCUCCCUCGUCGUCGUAGCUGGCAUCGUCCUGUCGACCUUUUCACUGCGCGUCACCCUCUUGCUCACCAUCAGCCUCACACUUCUACUUGCCAUCUUCAUCACCGUCCGUCACAUCCAAAUAGUCUCCGCGAAGCGCCGAGUCCGCUGGCCGCUAGCCCGGCAGCCCUCGUCGCCGCGCCGCCGCCGCGUAGACGACUACCGCCUCUUCGUGCUCGGCUCCGGCGGGCACACGCGUGAGAUGCUGAUGAUGAUGGACGACGGCGCGUGCGACUUUGCGCCCUCCUCCCACCGGCGGUACCUAAUCAGCUCCGGCGACGACGUGUCCGCGCACCACGCGCGCGACCACGAGGCCGGCCUCCCGGGCACGCACGACGUGGUGCGCGUCGCCCGCGCGCGCCGCGUCCACCAGAGCCUGCUCACGACGCCAGCGAGCGCCCUGCGCAGCAUCCUCGAUAUCGUGCCCGCCCUGCUCUCGCCGCCACCGAAAGGCGCGCGACGGUACCCGUCGCUCGUCUUCUCCAACGGGCCGGCGACGGGCUUCUUCGUCGCGCUAGUGAUUCGCGCGCUCAAGAUGGCGUGGGUGGUGCCGCAGGACUGCAUGCGCUUCGUGUACGUCGAGUCGUGGGCGCGCAUCUCGACCCUCUCGCUCACGGGCCGGCUGCUGCUGCACACUGGCCUGGCAGACUUUUUCGCGGUGCAGCACGCGCAGGUUGCGGCGAGGUAUGGCGUUCCAGAUGUGGGACAGGUUGUUUUUAAUGCCAGACGAGACGUUACAUAG